AUGUCGAACCGCCCUACUGUCGGCAUCAUUGGCGGAGAUGGCUCCAGCACUGGGGAGACCCAUCCCUUGCCAGCCGUCUUCAGCUCUCCAAUCCGUCCUGAUAUUGUCCAGACCGUCCACACCGGAAUGGCUAAGAACAAGAGACAGCCAUACGCCGUGAGCGAGAAAGCAGGCGAACAGACAUCAGCCGAAUCAUGGGGCACAGGUCGUGCUGUCGCACGUAUCCCCCGUGUCUCUGGCGGCGGUACACACAGAGCAGGUCAAGCCGCGUUCGGCAACCAAUGUCGAUCCGGGCGCAUGUUCGCACCAACCAAGGUCUGGCGAAAGUGGCAUCAGAAGAUCAACUUGGGCCAGAAGCGUUUUGCUACAGCAUCUGCCAUUGCUGCCAGCUCUGUCCCGGCCCUUCUCCUCGCUCGAGGCCACCGCAUCUCGACCGUCCCCGAAGUGCCCCUCGUCAUCUCAAGCAAGAUCUUUGAAGGCGCAGCCCUGGUCAAGACAUCCGCUGCAGCUGCUCUCAUGAAGGCCGUGGGCGCUGGCCCUGAUAUCGUCAAGGUUCAGAAGUCCCGCAAACUGCGCGCCGGCAAGGGCAAGAUGCGGAACCGUAGACACCGCAUGCGCCGCGGUCCCCUCGUGGUGUACAACCCGGAGGUCGACGGCAAGGAGCUCGUGCGUGCAUUCCGCAACAUCCCCGGCGUCGAGACCUCGUCCGUCUUCACGCUGAACCUCCUCCAACUCGCGCCCGGUGGCCACCUGGGCCGCUUCAUCAUCUGGACCUCCUCGGCCUUUGGGGCGUUGGACACCCUCUACGGCUCGACGACCGAACCGUCGGCCCUGAAGAAGGACUUCCUGCUGCCCUCCAACGUUGUCUCCAACGCCGACAUCACCCGCCUCAUCAACAGCUCUGAGAUUCAGUCCGUGCUCCGCGAGCCUAAGGGCUACGCCACCACCAAGCGCACCGGCGUGCAGAAGAAGAACCCGCUGCGCAACAGACAGGUGCUGCUCCGCCUCAACCCGUACGCCGCGCAGUACUCCAAGGACAAGCUCGGGCAGAAGGGCGUGGAGCACGGCAAGCCGGAGCGCGUCAACGAGAAAUUCCAAGAGGUGUUGCACGAGAACUAG